CGUGGUGGAGAAAGAGGACGUGGCGAAGGAGGAGGACGUGGUGGAGAAAGAGGACAUGGUGAAAGAGGAGGACGUGGUGGAAGAGGAGGAGGAGGUGGUGAAGGAGGUGGAGGUGGAGAACGACGGCGACAAGGAAGGGGAAGAGCAAGGGCACGAAGACAGUCAGUCUCGGAUGAAAUUCGAGCCACUUUAGUUGACCAUGUCCUUGUCCAUGGGAUGACUAUGAGGGAGGCUGGGCAACGAGUACAACCAAAUUUGAGUCGCUUCACUGUUGCCUCCAUCAUCAGAACCUUCAGGGAGGAAAACAGGACACAGAGACGACCACCUGGUGGAGGCAGGUUAAGGCUUUUGUCGGAGGAGCAAGAGAGGGAACUUGUAAACAUGGUAAUUGCAAAUAAUGUAAUCCGCCUGCAAGAGAUUCAAAGGAGAGUGAUUGAGGAUGAUCAUCUUUUUCGAGGCAUAAAUGCCAUCAGCCUCUCCACAAUUGACCGCAUCCUCCGAAAGAAUCAAUUCCGGAUGAAACAGGCAUACCGAGUCCCUUUCGAACGAAACUCUGACAGAGUGAAAAACCAACGUGUGGAAUAUGUUCAGAGAAUCUUUGAGAUUGAAGGACGGCCUGUUCCCCAUGAAAUGAUCUUUGUGGAUGAGGCAGGUUUUAACCUGACCAAAAGAAGGAAAAGGGGGAGGAACAUAAUUGGCCAUCGGGCUAUUGUAAAUGUCCCUGGUCAGCGUGGGGGGAAUGUCACUAUGUGCGCAGCCAUCAGCCAACGAGGGGUACUCCACCGCCAUGCCGUACUAGGACCCUAUAACACUAUGCUUCUCCUUGCUUUUCUUGAUGGUUUAAGACAACAUAUGUUCCAGCUGGACUACAGGGAACCAGCACAGCCAGAGCAGCCUCACUACGUUGUUGUGUGGGAUAACGUCAGCUUCCAUCGCGCUGCUCUGGUUCGUGACUGGUUUACCAAUAACCCAAGGUUUUCUAAUAUCUUUCUGCCUGCAUACUCCUCCUUUCUAAACCCGAUAGAGGAGUUAUUUUCGGCAUGGCGGUGGAAAGUGUAUGACCGAGAACCUUAUGUCCGUGUUCACCUCCUUCAGGCCAUGGAAGAGGCCUGCCUAGACAUAUCAGUAGAUGCAUGCCAGGGGUGGAUCAGGCAUGCAAGAGGAUUUUACCCCCGCUGCCUGGCUGGGGCCAAUAUAGCCUGUGAUGUGGAUGAGAUUCUCUGGCCUGACCCAGACCAAAGACAAGAUGCUGUGGUGGGAUAAUGUUUCUGGUGUGUGUUGUACUGUAUAGUACAUGAAUGACAAUGUGCCACUGUACAUACAUUGGUUGCGUCUUUUGUGUUUAUCAUGUGACAAGGGUUUUGAAGGGGAGAACCAUAAGCAACCUAAUUGUUUUGGAACUAUUGUUUUGAAUUAAUUGUACCAGUGUGCAAAACUCUGUUGUAGUGUGUGUGUUUUUGAGGGCUUGUGUUUGAUGUCUGAGGGCAAAGUUCGGUUUUUCAGCAGGAGUGAAUAGUUUUGGGUGUAGAGCUUCAUUUUGACCUGGAAAUAGGAUGUUUGGGGAAUUGAGUGAGAUGUUAUGGAUUUGUGUUUACUGUUGUGCGGAUAUGAGGCGUAGUUUCAAGAAAUGUGUUUUAGCAAUCGAGAAAAACUGUAAUA